GAGAGGGAGAAAGAGAAGGAAACAGCGCUUUAGUCUCAUACGGCAUCAGUUAUGGAAGGUGAUCAUCCCGGGGUGUAUGCAUUUACCUUUGUUUCUUUUUCCGUUCCGAGUGUUUUUCUGCACUAUGUUUACAUUUCACGCCACGUUCUCUACAGUUGAAGUUCAGCCAAUUUGUGUGCUUUGAAGCUGUGAAGGCUGUGAAUGCUGGACAUACUCUAAACGAUUAUGAAGAGACCUGUGAAAGCGUGGAAAUAGUAUCAUGGACUUCUGAGAUAGCUUAAUGUGAACAUUUAACAUUUUUUUUUCCAUAAUUGAGUGCAACUGCAUGACUAAAGGACGGAGGACAAGAAGGAUUUUUUUCCAAAUCAGAUUUCUGUUUUUAGCUCUUCUCUAAAAAGGACUAUUGAACUUAAAUACUGUGCAUCUGCUUUUGUGAAGAGGGUCAUUGUGCAUUUUGUGUCCAGUCUUAAUUUUAUUCUUGUGAUGUGAUCCUGUACGUUAGAACGAGAACUCAUCUAAAUUUUAAUAAUUGGCUCAGUGUGAAAUUCAGCACCACUUUAUCAUUAGAGUGGUAGAAAGAGGCUUGGGGUUUCAUCCUCCGCUGCAAAGUUUUUCCUUCUGAAGCCUUUACAAGCUAAUAAUUUCAACAGCAUGGCUUUGCCUGAUAAUUCCAGUGGCAUUUCAGAGGAACUGGCUUUUCCGGAAAUUAUUGAACUGAAUGUGGGAGGCCAGGUAUACAUAACGCGGUACUCGACUCUCACCAGCGUUCCUGAAUCCCUCUUAUGGGAGAUGUUUAGCAAGAAAUCUGCCAAGAGCCUGGCACGUGACACCAAGGGACGCUUUUUUGUUGACCGUGAUGGCUUCCUAUUUCGCUACAUCCUGGACUAUAUGCGUGACCAGCAACUUGUGCUGCCUGACCAUUUCCCAGAGCGAGGAAGACUAAAACGAGAGGCUGAGUACUUCAAACUUCCUGAGCUAGUCAAGCUUCUGGCUCCAAAAAUCAGCAAGCAGAACUCUUUGGUUGAUGAUGGAUGCCAGAGUGACCCAGAGGAGUCAUCACCAAGUGCUGAUGCUAGCCGCAAUUUGGCGUCUUUAGGAGCAGCAACCUGCAGUAACCUAGCAGCCAGCGAUUCCAAGCGCACUGGGUUCAUCACCAUUGGCUACCGAGGUUCCUACACACUGGGCCGUGAUAGCCAAACCGAUGCUAAAUUCCGGCGUGUGGCCCGGAUCAUGGUAUGCGGAAAGACGUCAUUGGCCAAAGAGGUUUUUGGAGAAACCCUUAAUGAAAGCCGUGACCCUGACCGGCCCCCGGAGCGAUACACCUGUCGCUACUAUCUGAAGUUCACUUUCCUCGAACAAGCUUUUGACAAGUUGGCUGAUGCUGGUUUCCACAUGGUGGCAUGCAACUCGACAGGCACAUGCGCUUUCACACAUGACCAAACGGAUGACAAGAUAUGGACAAGCUACACGGAAUACGUUUUCUACCGUGGCAAAUCUUCAUCCCCAGCACUUACCUCUGACCCAGGUUUUGUCCAGGCAAAGGAAGAUACAUUUCAUGACAUAUUUAAGGACAUGAUCAGUGCAGACCUGGACUUGCAAGAUGUUCCUCCUCCAGACCCUGUUCCCCUUUUAGAACCCCAGGACAUCCUUGACCUUCCACUUCCUUCACCUCCAACUCCAGUCUUGGAACGAGCCACACAUACAUCUGACAUUUCUGUCAGCCCUCCUCCAUUUUCAGCCAUAAGCCCAGUAAAGUCCACCACUCUGGCUCUUAAGACAAUGCCCCGUACCACUGGCAACAAAGAAAAUGGAGGAUCAACAUCCCAAGAACCAGCAGAUAAGGAGAAAAAGAUCAUGGAGGACGAACUUAAGAAGUGCAUUGAUGAUUUCCACAGGAUUAGAAUUCCUAAACUCUUUCCAGAUCGCAAAAGGAACUGGCAGAAUGACCUCCUGAAAAAAUACAAUGCAUAAAUCAUGUCACCUCAGAUCAAAGCAAAUGCAGUAGAGACUUCAUGAAGUAAAAAAGUUCACUCUUUCUGCAAUGCGUUAGUCUACAUAAGACAGAAUGUAGUAUGCACUCUAGUAGCAGGCUACUGACAGGAAGUCUGCAUAUGCAAUCAUGAUGGAUUUUACAAAAAAUUAUGGAUUAUGUAUAAAAAAUACAUAAUAUGCAUAAAAUAUUUAAUGAUAUUAUUAUUAUUAUUAUUAUUAUUAUUAUUAUUAUUAUUAUUUCUCAAAAUCUAAUAGUGGGUCUAAUAAAUAACCUUUUUGUGUUUUGAAAGAAAGUACUCAAAGGAAGGGGAAAAGGAAAGUAGUAGGACUGGGGUUCGGAGAAUGACUAACUUUGUGCUGAUUGCUGAUUGUGCCACAUUCCGUCUAGCGUUUGCUGAUUGCAAAUCAUAGCUGGCAGCUGAGUAGCUGAUCGUAUCAUUACACAGAAGCUAAAUAAAGCUCAUGUGUUUAAAGAGCUAUUCAACGUCUGCAAGUACUUUGGACUAAAUAAAUGCAUCACAUGAGCAUUGUACACCCUGAUUGGCAUCAUGCACAAUUGUUUAUUGCGUACAACUUCUUCUUCUUCUUUCUGUUUAUUGCUUACAUAAAUGUCUUAAUUAUAAAAAAAAAAAAAAUACUUGAGAUGUAUAUUUACAGAAAUACCUCUGAAAACCACAAAUGUUUAUGCAAAGUUACAAUGAAAAUAUUCAAAUGGGCUAGGAUAAAUACAAAUUCAGUUUAGUUAUAUUGUUUUAAGCAUCAUUUGAUCAUUUUCUAAAAACUUAGAAGAAUUUCAUUUUGAUUAUAUAUGAUGCUGCCAGUAAUUCUUUCAACUGGCAAGAACUUCUGCCCUGUAGCCUUCUUCUCUUUUAAUUAUGAAGCGCCAUAUGAUAUUCAAUUAAAAAACAAAAACAAAAAAAAAACAGACAGCUUUUCCUGCACAAAUCUGUAGUUGUGGUUGUGAGCAAUUUAUACAUUUUUAUAAAAUCUAUAUUUUAUAUGCCCAAAAGAAACUCAUCAAUCUAAAAUAAUAUUCCUUUAGAAGUAGUGAACACAAGGUUAUGAGCCAUAGGCAGACUUACAGGCCUGUUCUGUCCAGCCUCUUGCUAAAGCUCCCACAGAGGCUUUAUUUUAUUCACUUCCAAGCUCCUCGGAGCAUUUUCGAUCUUCAACUGUCAAUUCGUUCAGUACUGCAGCUCAUCAGAACGUAUUGCCUUAUCAGCUAAUUCUCUCUAGUUUGUAUUGUAUGCUGCCUGAUGUCCUGGAGCAAAAGGCCAAAGCCAAGUCAUUAGAAGGGUUUAAACUAUCAAUCAAGAACCUGCUGCAGAAAGUAACAAUAGCAUUGAGUGAUUUAUACACACACAUGCAAAUCAAUAAUGCAGAGUUAAGUGUGUGUAGCGGGGAUUUAAUAUGAAAAUUGCACACAUCGGUAAUCAGUCCUCAUAUUUUAAUACAAACUUAAGCUUUCCAGACAGUUGCACAAGCUUGGAAUGUGUAGGGUUUGUGGGAAACAGAAGUAUGUUUUUUAAUUAAAUGUCAUUCUGUCCGUGGAAUUAUAUUUUAUUGUGAUUUAUUUCACUAUGCAUUGUAUUUUUUAAAUAUUUUGAGCUGUCUGAAAACAUUUGAGGCCACAUUAGUAUGUCCUCAUUUAUUAAAUCACAAUUAAGUUUUAAUACAAAAAGAACUUUUUACGCAGAUACAUGCAGUACAUUUCUCACAGACAUUUUCUUUAAUAAAUAAAAUUAUAAAAUAUGGUUAAUCUUUCAUACCGUGCCAGAAUUGUUUUUACAGCAGAAUUCACUGAAUCAACCAAAACAUGCUAUUAUUAUUCAAAUUUGAUAAAACACAAUGGCAAAUACAUUUAUAACAAUUAACAAACAAUAACAACAAUAAUAAUUAUUAUUAAUAUAUCAGUCAUCAGUGAUAACUGAAUAAAUCACAAAUCUUAAUACUACAUUAUCCCUGUAUAAUUUUUAACUGGAAAUAACCCAUUGUAGCAAGCAGCAUAUUUAACAUGUUGCAUGACAUUUAUUAACUGUUCAUACCAUUCUUGACAUGCAGUAAAUACAUUUUUUGCUAAUAAAUGUUUUUUCUGACAUACUUUGUUUUAUUGUGCCAAUCCUCGGAUAAAUACUGAAUGUAAACAUGUAGUUUAGAUGUUACAGUGAAAGAUCUUAAGCAUUUAUAUUCUUCGUUGAAGUAGCUCACUUUGGAAAAAGUUUCUGAACUUCAAAACUCUGUUUUAGCAUAUUCUUUUCAUAAGGUACUGUAUCUAACAAGACCUCUUGAGGUCCAGCCUUGCAAUCUGAGACCACAUGUAGAGAUACAUUAAAGCAGAGCUGUUGAGAAUUAUACAUUAAAAGAGGUAUCUCUCAGUCAGGCAACAAUAUGGCUCUUUGCAGUAUUACCAGUUCCAUUUGCAUGGUUAAAACCUGCACACUAAUUUCAAGCUCUUGAUAUAAUAUUGUAAUUCCCACUCCCAUAAAAUAAACAUGAUCUCAGUUUUAUAUCCAGUAAAGAAGUUGAACUUGAAUUUUGCAGCAGAUUGGAAGAUCUUUUUUUAAGGCAGUGAGUCAAGAAAAAUAUUCAGUUUAAAUUUUAACACUAUAAAAUGUAUUUGUAAUUCUUUUCUGCCCUAUUGUCUUCUGUGUUCUCAGAGAAUAA